CAUAGAAACACCUGCUCCCAUUCAUCCCCUCUACUCUCGUUUAGCAUGAGCCUUCCCCCCCCCGCCGAUAACCAGCAGGCUUAUCGCGACAAGUCCAAUGCCUCCGCCACCACCCAAGUCGCCGGGGACUCCUCCUCCUCUGCCUCCCGCGCCGCCGAACUCGCCAGUCUUAAGGUGAAACUGCGUUCGUCUCUGCGCCAGUUUCCUGAUUUCCCGUCUCCAGGCAUCCUGUUUGAGGAUAUCCUGCCCAUUUUCGCCGACCCCGCACUCCAUGAGUCGCUCAUCAGGGGCCUCGAGUUGCAUCUGCUUGAGACUUACGGUGCUGACCAGAAACCCGAUGUUAUCGUCGGACUAGACGCUCGCGGGUUCCUCUUUGGCCCCUCUUUGGCCUUGAGACUCGGAGCCGCUUUCGUGCCCGUCAGGAAGCAGGGGAAACUGCCUGGACCCGUCAUCACCCAGGAGUAUCAGAAAGAGUACGGCAGUGACUUCUUCCAGAUGCAAAAGGAUGCCAUCAAGCCGGGCCAAAAGGUUAUUGUUGUUGACGAUAUCAUUGCAACGGGCGGAUCCGCAUGUGCAGCAGGCUCUCUCGUCCAACAACUCGGAGGCAAUCUCCUUGGUUUCGUCUUCAUGCUCGAGCUAGACUUCCUCAAGGGUCGUGACAAGCUCCCUGCCCCCGUCUAUACCCUUCUCGCUACCCAGGAAAGCAACUAA